GGCAAGUCAUUUGUGAAGGACGCGUUGCGGUGCAUGGCGCUGGGACUGCGGCAGCGCUUCAGCUGUGUGAGCCGCCGGUGCUCUGCAGUAAAGGAGAUGGUGUUCUUGCUCCAGAGAGAGUGCUACUCCAAACACCAGCUCUGCCUGGCACUGCAGGACCACAUGGAUACCAUGGGCAGCCUGGUCCAGUUCCACCUGAUGUUUCCCCCAGGACCAUACGUGGAGCUGAUGAACUUCCUGCUGAAGUGCGGAGACCAGGUCAGGUUGUGGGUCGGCCGCCGGCUGCGCAGGCAGUGCGAGCAAAACUGGGGUUCGCUGUGCAGCAGCUUCAGUAGCACCUGCUCUCUCAGCCAAUCGGACGCUCCACAGCCUACCACUUCUCCACCACCGACCGUGCCCUGGCCUAUGAGCCCUCAAGAACCUCUGCAGCAGCCAACCAGAGCGUCCGAACCAGAGGACAGGAACAGGCUCAGUCCGAUCGACAAUGCGACCGAAUUUAGUCUGUCUGAGAGAUCCAAUGUCACUGCUUCAUAAACAGAGCAGUGAGUUACACAGAGGUGCAGACAGGGUACACAAAGAUCAUGCACUUAUUUCUGUUAUAUUAGUAGUAGAAUGAGUAGUAUUGGUGGUAGUUUUGCGUCGUACCGCUGGUGAGAGCAGUGCAGCAUAACUUGUUUAAUCUGUUGGGUAUUUGGGCUAUAUUAAUAUUUUCUUUACAUUUGACUUUGUACAAGAAUGAAAACCAAUUAUCUACCUCACUUAACAUCAGUUUACCACAGUUACUGUAUCCUUCAGCAAAGGGCAUGGACACAUACGAGUAAACACUACAGGGAAAAGCUCAAGUGCAGCUGAUGGCUCAAAGGUAUACUACCUAUUUAAAUCUGUUUUUGUAUUUAUGAGGAUUGUAAUAUUAUGCACCGUAUAGUUGACACACUAUCAAAUGUCAUCUUGUAGACAGACAGGGUGCAGUCUGCAGGAAGGGAAGCACUCUUUGGUUAUGAUGUGUUAUAAAUGUGUAUUUCUGAUGUUCUACUUGAACGAUUCAAUUUCAUGCAGACCCCAGGUUGCAAGCUAUGUUUUGUAAGUUUUUAUUUAAAUGAAUCUGAAAGUACAUUUGUAAACAUUUUGAUUGAGAUUAAAUAAAAUACAAUGAUGUCACUGGACAGAGAGACAUGUGGUAAUUAGUCAGUCCUGUGCUGUAAAACAGAUCUUCACUCAGCUCAGUAAAUGUUGGGUAUCCUGCCAUCUACUGGCUCAGCUGUGGCAAUGCUUCACAACAAGGUUUCUCCCAACAUUCAAUUUUAUUCUAACAAACAUUGCUCAAUAUUCACACACACAGUCUGACUCAACAUGCUGGACGCCCUUCACAGUAAGUUAUCAGAUAUCCAGAUUAGUUGUGCGCACAUCUGAUUGGAACGACGAAAGGCACAAUGUAAACUUGUUAAUAACUGUAACAACAGCAUCUUAAAAUAACCGUCCAGUUCAGACAAAUAUGCACACUUGAAGAAAAACUUCAUCCCCCAAAUUACCAUUUGUAGAUCAAUUACUCACCCCGUGUCAGGCUGGGUUCACACCAUUAACGGAAUCGCGCAAAGCAGGACAAUUUACGUCAAGAUCUUCUUAAAUAAUUUGGCUAUGGGGCGACCUUCAGCUCAACAUGUAGAGUGUGCGCCCCAUGUGGCUGAGGCCUCUGCAGCUGCCGGGGUUCGAGUCUACGGCCCUUUGCUGUGUGUCAUUCCCCCUUCUCUCUCCCGCCUUUCCUGUCUAUCUAAAACUGUCCUGUUAAUAAAGGGAAGAUGCCCCUAAAAAACAAUCAAACAAAAAACAAUUUGGCUAUUCACACAGGACACGCCGCAACUUGCAAUCUGCAGCAGUAAUUUUGGCCUCAGGUCCUUUUUUUCUGCGACCGAAUCUGGCGAGAAAACACACUAAUCUAUUAUUGACAACAGAAAGGAUGUAUUUGUUAUAAUAUAUGAUAUAAAUAUGAUUAUGAUAGAUGAUGAAAUAUGCAACCCAUGCUUCCUGUCGUGUCUAAUCAGUGAGCGAGAGAGACACGCUGACACACUGAAAGACACACACACACAGGCAAACAGAGACAGAGCUCCACAUGUGAACAGAACAGAGCAGAGGAGCUGAAUCGCUUGCUGACUGGCGUGGAGAAAUGACUACUGGUGUGAACGGUCAGGUGGCUGCUGAUGAGCAACCGACACCGAUCUGGGCACUUAUGCAUCCAGUGUGUGUUAGGCUAAAUUUGUAAACAAAACUUU